AUGCUUCCACGCUCCUCAGCACUGUUUAUUUUUGGUUCACAGCAACAGAAGAACCUGGAGGGCUAUGUGGGCUUCGCAAACCUCCCCAACCAAGUCUACAGAAAGUCAGUCAAGAGGGGCUUUGAGUUCACGCUCAUGGUAGUGGGAGAGUCCGGCCUGGGAAAGUCCACGCUCAUCAACUCACUCUUCCUCACAGACCUGUACUCACCGGAGUACCCAGGGCCUUCGCACCGGAUCAAGAAGACUGUACAGGUGGAACAGUCAAAGGUUCUGGUGAAGGAGGGAGGGGUUCAGCUGUUACUCACCAUCGUUGACACCCCUGGCUUUGGCGACGCCGUCGAUAACAGCAACUGCUGGCAGCCGGUCAUCGACUACAUCGACAAUAAGUUUGAGGAUUAUCUGAACGCAGAGUCGCGGGUCAACAGGAGGCAGAUGCCCGACAGCCGCGUUCAGUGCUGCCUCUACUUCAUCGCUCCGUCAGGACACGGCCUCAAACCGCUGGACAUAGAGUUUAUGAAGCGGCUCCACGAGAAGGUCAACAUCAUCCCCCUGAUCGCCAAAGCGGACACCAUGACGCCCGAGGAGUGCCAGCAGUUCAAGAGGCAGAUCAUGAGAGAAAUUCAAGAGCACAAAAUCAAAAUCUACGAGUUCCCAGAGACGGAUGACGAGGAGGAGAUGAAGUUUAUCCGAAAAAUCAAGGACCGCUUACCCCUGGCCGUGGUGGGCAGCAACACCAUCAUCGAGGUCAACGGAAAGCGUGUCCGCGGGAGGCAGUAUCCCUGGGGCGUGGCCGAAGUUGAAAACGGUGAACACUGUGACUUUACAAUCCUCCGGAACAUGCUCAUAAGAACACACAUGCAGGACUUGAAAGACGUGACCAACAAUGUUCACUAUGAAAAUUACCGGAGCAGAAAACUGGCAGCCGUCACUUACAACGGCGUCGACAACAACAAGAACAAGGGCCUGACCAAACAUGACACAGGUGACGGCAUGAGUCCUCUGGCGCAGAUGGAGGAGGAGCGACGAGACCACGUGGCCAAGAUGAAGAAGAUGGAGCAGGAGAUGGAGCAGGUGUUUGAGAUGAAGGUCAAGGAGAAGCUGCAGAAGCUGCGGGACUCCGAGGCCGAACUGCAGCGACGUCACGAGCAGAUGAAGAAGAACCUGGAGGCUCAGCACCGAGAGCUGGAGGAGAAGCGGCGGCAGCACGAGGACGAGCGCUCCAACUGGGAGGCUCAGCAGAGGAUCGUGGAGCAGCAGAAGCUAGACCUGUCCAGGACCUUGGAAAAGAACAAAAAGAAGAAGAUAUUCUAA